AAAUUAAUAUUAUACCAAUGGGAAAUACGCGUAUAAAGGUACAACACGUAACACAAAUUAUUCCAGUAACAAGUGACCAUCGUAAGAAAAAGUUCUUAAGUGGACUGUGUUAAAAUAUUUCCUUUGUAACACUCUUAUCGAAAUGCUAAAAAAGUCAUUACUAUUACUGAGCUUGAUUUUCUGCUACCUACAUGACUAUGGCCUAUGUGUUACCACAUUACCUGAUCCAACCGAAUUGUGUGGCUUUUUUAAGGAUGGUAUUCGUCUUCGAAAACCCGGUUCAUGCACAGAAUAUAUACAUUGUUCCAACUCCACAGGUGUUAUAUAUUCGUGCCCGUCACCGCAAAAAUUUGAUCGCAAGGCUCAACGUUGUGUCUUAGAAUCCAAUCUCUCUGAUGUUGAUGACUAUUGCCGCAAUCGUUGCCUUAAUAUUAACGAUAAAUGGGUAACAGAUCCAGCUACUUGCAAGGGAUAUUUCUACUGUAAAAAUGGUCAACCAAUACAGGGUUAUUGUACAAAUGGUUAUUACUUUAAUGAGGCAAAAUCGAUGUGCGAUUUUGAGAAUGUAAAAUUGUGUAAUAUAGUACCGGAAAUAUGUGACUUAGUACCGGACGGAACGAAAUACCGUAGUUCGACAAACUGCAAUUCCUAUUACAUCUGUAACAAUGGCAAAAGUCAGAGCAAAACAUGCCCAAACUACUACAAUUUGCAAACCGAAUCCUGUGUGAAAAAUUUACCUGAUUAUCCUUGCGUGCCAAAAUUUAAAUGCAGCAGCAGCAUCAGCGGUACCAAACGCAAAGGCUUCUUUACCGAUGGUAUAUCAUGUCGUGGAUAUUUUCUUUGUCGCGAUUUUGGAAAAGAAGAAGACUUGGAACCAUUAUUUUUGCAAUGUCCAGUUGGUAAAUUAUUUGACGGAAAAACACAAUCUUGCACUGAGCCUUACGAAUCGGAUUGCAAAUUCGAUCGAUGCCAAGGUCAGGGUGAUAGGCUCGUUCAAACUAAUGAUGACAAUUGCAGAAGCUAUAUAACUUGCAGAAAUGGUGAGAAAAUAAAUACGAAGCGGUGUAGUGGCGACAAAUUCUUUGAUGAAAAGUUACAGGCUUGUGUGUACACCAUAAUUUCCUACAAGAGUUGUGAUGGAAUCAACACUUGCGAACAUUGUAAACCGUGAAAACAUUUAUUUAAAUAAUUGUAUUUAUCGAGGAAAUAGAAAAAUAUCAAUUCACUUAAAACUUGAUAAAAUAUAUAUUCAUAAAAUAAUUUAACAA